AUGAUCGCAAAGGUUAUUUUUGUGCUUGCUUUAACUGCUGUAGCAUAUGCAAGUCACCAUGGGCAUCAUGAGCACCAUCAUCACCACCACCCUCAACCUUACAAAUUCGGUUACGAAAUCAAAGACCAUCAUGGAUCUCAGCACAGACAUGAACAUGGCGAUGGACAUCAUGUUCAGGGAAGCUAUGGUUAUACCGACCAUAAAGGAAUCCAUAGAGAAGUUCACUAUGUAGCUGAUCAUCAUGGAUUCAGAGCCACUGUAAAGACCAACGAACCAGGAACCGCCAAUCAGGAUCCAGCCCAUGUUAAGCUCCACUCUGAUGCCCAUCAUCAUCACCAUCACGAGCCUCAUCAUCACGGUCACCACCACCAUGAACAUCAUGGUCAUCAUCACCAUGGACAUGCUCAUGUGUAUCAUCACCAAGAACACCAUGGUCAUCAUCCCCAUCAUGGACACCAUCAUGGUUGA